AGGCGCAGUGUGCGCGGGCGGCGGCCGGAUGGCUGUGUGGGGCGUCUUCGCGGCGCUCCGUGCGGCGCCCCGGCUCUGGCGGCGGGCGUCGCGGGCAGCCGCGGGGUUCCGGGGCACCUUCUUUGGUAGGGGCUACUCUGUGGACCCCGCGCAGGUGAGGGCCACGCAGAGCCCGCCCACCUUUGGAUUCCUGCUGGACAUUGAUGGAGUGCUGGUGCGGGGCCAUCAGGUGAUCCCGGCCGCCCUGGAGGCCUUCCGCAGGCUGCUGGACGCCCGGGGGCAGCUGCGAGUGCCUGUGGUCUUCGUCACGAAUGCCGGGAACAUCUCGCAGCACGACAAAGCCAAGGAGCUGUCGACCCUGCUGGGCUUCAAGGUGGAGCCGGACCAGAUCGUCCUCUCCCACAGCCCUCUGAAGCUCUUCUUCCAGCACCACGGGAAGCGCAUGCUGGUGACGGGCCAGGGGCCCCUGGUGGAAAACGCCCGGGCCCUGGGCUUCGAGAACGUGGUCACCGUGGACGAGCUGCGCCUGGCCUUCCCCGUCCUGGACAUGGUGGACCUCCAGCGGCGGCCGAAGACCACGCCCCAUCUGAGGACCGACUUCCCCGCCAUCGAAGGUAAGGGGGUCUCUCUGGGUGUGGGCGGGUCCGGCGUGCUCCUCCUCGGGGAGCCCGUGCGCUGGGAGACGAGCCUACAGCUGAUCAUGGACGUACUUCUCAGCAACGGGAACCCCGGGACGGUCCUGGCGACGGUCCCCUACCCCCACCUCCCUGUGCUGGCCAGUAACAUGGACCUGCUGUGGAUGGCGGAAGCCAAGAUGCCCAGGUUCGGCCACGGCACCUUCCUGCUGUGCCUGGAGGCCAUCUACCGCAAGCUGACGGGCAGGGAGCUGCGCUACUGCGGCCUGACGGGCAAGCCCAGCCUCCUCACCUACCGCUACGCCGAGGAGCUGAUCCAGCGGCAGGCCGUGAAGCGGGGCUGGGCCGUGCCCAUCCAGAAGCUGUACACCGUGGGGGACAACCCCAUGUCGGACGUCUACGGCGCCAACCUCUUCCACCAGCACCUGCAGGCGGCCCAGCAGGGAGGCAUGGAGUCGCCGCUGGACGCCCACAGCUGCACCUCCAUCCUGGUGGGCACCGGCGUGUACAGCCCCGCGGCACCGGGGCCCGUGGAGCAGCCCCCCUUCCACGGGCACCGGGACUUCGGCCUCAGCCCGGGGCUCCUGGAGGCGGCCCAUGUGGUGAACGACGUGGACGAGGCCGUGCGGCUGGUCCUCCGCCAGGAGGGCUGGGCGUAGCGGAACGCCUGCGGCGGGGGCUGUUGGGCCCGGCGUCCCGCCCGGCCUGCACCCCUGCCGCCCCCCCAGGGACGCGCUGGCGACUCUUCCCCUGCGGGCAGCAGCCUCAGGGCGGUGCUGGGGCGCAGAACCAGGGUUUCCUGCAUCCGGGGCCUGUCCGACCUCCACCAGCCCCUGCAGCUCUGUGCCUCAGUUUCCCCCUUGCUGCAGAAGGGCCUUGGGGGAAAGGGGGGCCAUGUGCAAUCACGAGGUGCUCUCCGCGGGCCCUGUGCGGUCUCAGCGUGUGACUGACCCUCAGACACUACUUUUCACUGUCCUCAGGCUUCCUGCCCAGAGACUGCUGAGCUUAUUUUUUAAAUUAAAAUAAUC